UCGCGCCUCUCGGCGCCAUCCGCGCGAAGCGAUGUCCUGGAUCCCGCUCGAUCCCAUCAUAAAUGAGCUAUCGAACGUUCUCACCUCGGGAGAGCUCGUGCACGACGCCAAUUUCUCCCUAUUCGACGCCAUGAGCGCGCUCGACAUCGGCGACCUGAAGAUGGAUGCCGGCGCCGUGCGGGACGGUUCUCGCCUCACGCUCGCCCAGCUCCUCGCCAGCGGACGCGCACCGAAAGACAUCACCGGCCGCGAUCUGGUGCGCGAGCUGGACGCGAUGCUGUGCGCGGAAGGGACGUUUCGAAAGGGCUACGCGGCGGCGACGACGGUGUGGACGAACGCGCACUGCGCGGGACAUCGAACGGGACACUUGGACGACGCCACGCCGGCGCUGCGAGCGUUCACGCGCGCGACGCUGGCGAGCGCGUCGAUGGCGCAGCACGCGGUGAAAACGGGAGACGUGUACGAGGAAGAGGAUUUCGCGGUGCUCGGGGACUUUGGAGAAGUCGCCGGGCGCGAAGCGUGGGCGACGGCGGAGGCGGACGACGAGGUUUUGAUCGAGCUCGCGAGCGCGCUGAUGAAGAUGGAGGAUAGUGGGGGUGAUCGCGACGUCGAAGCCGUCGUCGCGCGGUUAGAAUUUAGGAGGGCACAUCACUUGAUGAUGAAGACGUUGACGGGAGCCAUCGGGGCGGGGACGGAUGCGAGAAACGAGGCGCGACAACACGCGAACGCGGCCAAGGCGCGUUUGAAAGAGAUGCGAAAUUAUUAUAGCGAAGACGUCGUCGACGAUGAAGACGCGCUGGAUUGGGAUCCCAACGCGGGAAGCUUUUCGAAAGGGUUGAGUUUGCACAUGUUGGGUGGCGCGCCGCCGAGGGAGGUGCACUUUUUGAGCACUCGACGAGCGUUUGAAUAUUUCGAAAGAGAGAUCGACGACGUGCUCGUCGCCGCCGAGGUGUUCAAAUUUCGUGCUCGUAAGGAAGCGCCGACGAUUGAAGAGGUCCUGGAGUGUUUAGAACGACUCCAGACUCGUCGACCGGGAGCCAUCGCGCUCGGACUCGCAGCCGCCGAGUUGAUGCACGAGAAAGAGCUGUGCGGAUGGCACUUCGGUCACGUUGGACUUCAUUCCGUUUGGACGUUCGCUGGUGUAACGACGAAGACGCUCGAAACGUCGUUCGCGCACCCCAAGGACGCGGUUGACGCUUUCAUCGACGAGUGCGUGCAGCCGUUGACGGUUGUGGUUCGAUCGUUUUGCGUCAACCGGGCGCGCUUCAGGCGCGUACUCAGGCGGUCGCUCGGUGAGUUCAGUCAUCUGCAAAUCGCUGCGGACGCCCUGGACGCGGCACAAGACGACGCGUUAGCGACGAGCGACGAGGAUCGGGCUAAAGUCGAGACUUUGCGAUCGCUUCAGGCGCCUUGCAUUGCCUGGGCGGAACACUUGACGUGCUACGUCGAACUCAGGCAUCUCGAGCUCGGGUUUUCGCUCGACUUGUACUUGCCCCACGAGCUCGCGAUGGUGUACUACUACAUGCACUAUUUGCAGCGGCUUCGUGUCGUCACGCUGAGGCGCAAGGCGAUGACACCGUCAACGCAGACGAUCCAGACGCAACUUUGCUUCUUGGCCGAGCAACAAAAGCUCUCGAUGUAUUCGGCGCUUCGGUUCACCUUCGCCGCACUCCUCGACAGUGGCAAGCUACGACCGUGUGUUACUGCGUUUAGUGGCGAAGAUCUGCGCUUUUGGCAGCGAUUCAGCACGUUUCAAACCGUCGAACUUCCGCCGCCCGCGCACUACGACGACUACAAAGCGUCCAUCGAGGCCAAUCUGAGUCACUUUCGAGGUGAGCUCACCGACGCCGACGAGGCUGUCUCCGACGUCACAGUCUUCGCCGGAAUCGCCGAUCGAUUUUUCCAAGAAGCCCGUACCGCGGCUGACUUCGUGACGGAAAAAUUUGAACCUCACGCAGCGAGCGACGCCGUCGUCGCCUCGCUCGUCGCCGACGUCGUCGCUUCGCGCGUCAUCUCCACCAAGAACCUCGUCGCUCUGCGUCUUUUGUUCGCGACCGACAUGACGUGCGCGUGUGACACGAAAUCACACGACUUAUACGCGCAAAUCACCGCCUGUAAGCCGUGA